CCGCCACCGAUGGACGAGGACGACGACUGCGACUGCAGCCCCGCCCGCGCCGACUGGACAAAGGGCGCCGCCGCUCUCGCCCUCGCCUCGGUCCUCCUCUUCGCCAGCUCGUGGGACGUGCUCGAGCCGACCGAGUGGGGCGUGGUCCAGAACGGCUUCACGGGAUACGUGGAGCUCGACCCGGAGCGCGUGUUUGAAGGCGGGCGGCACUUCAUCUGGCUGCGCCACUCCUUCAUCAAGUUCCCGCGCCGGCUCGUCAACCUCGAGUUCUCCGAUUUUGGGCGCGGCGAGUCGGACCAGGCUCCCAUCUCGGCGCGCACCGGCCCCGACCCCGACGACAAGGAGUCGGGCGGCCAGCCGAUCCGGCUCUGCGUCGCCUUCCAGUACCAGAUUGCGCGGCGCGACGUGCCUCGGAUCUACCAGACGUUUGGCGCGUUGCAUGAGGCUUCGUACCUGCGCUUCGCCCAGCAGGCCAUCACAAACGAGGCGCAGAUGUUCACUCCGCGCGCGUUUUGGACGGACCGCAAGAAGGUGGAGGGGCAGCUGCUGGGCAAGGUCAACGAGACGCUAUACCGCCAGGGCUACGCCACUGUCCACGACCUGCAGCUGCUGCGCGUCGACUUCAACUCAAACUACGAGGACACCAUCACCAACAUCCAGCUGCAGGAGCAGCUCAAGGUGACCAAGACGUACCAGCUCGAAGUGACGCGGGUGAGCAAAGAGGUCGACAUCCUGUCGGCAGAGGCGGAGGCGGCCAUCGCGCGCAUCAACGGGCAGGCGCAGCGCGAGGCGAGCGUCACGAUCAACCAGGCGAGCGCGGCGGCGAUUCAGAUGGAGCAAGGCGCAAAGGCGACAUGGUAUGCCAAGCUCAAGGCGACGCUCGGCUGGAGCAACGACGACUUUUUGCGCUACGUCAAGAUCAAGUCGCUCAACGCGCAGCCGGGCGGCUCGGUGGUCAUCGGCGUGGACGCUGUCGGGGGGUGAGCCUCUCUCGGGCAAUCUCGAGGCAAUCUCGCGGGGAGGUCACGAGGUUCGAGGACCGAGCGACCGCGCGCGCACCCCCCCCCUCGCCUACUGACUGAGUACUGUCCUCUCAUCCACGGAACUACAACUAGCGCGGGAGAGCUUCCUGGUGCUGUUUUAUGCACAUGUGUGUACGCGCUCGCGAGUACUCAUAACUCAACCCCGCUCUAGCCUCUACCUAUUUUGGGGUUUGAAG